CCCGCGUCUCCGUUCAGACGCACGCGCCUCGUGCCCGCCGCCCGGUUCAGUGACACGUGCAGUGUUGGUGAUAUAAUAUAACACUAGUGACAGUUGCAUUUCCUGAUCUGAGACGCCGAAGGUUUUAUCGUCGAAGUGCAUCGGAUUACUAUUUGAAGCAAGACAUAGAAUGAUCGCUUGAAGAAAGCGAAGCGUGCAGUCAGAGCAAGGAUCUAACGAGCAAGAGAAGAUGUUCGGCGGCAGCGGCGGUGGUGGCGCGUACGGUGGCGACUGCGCCGACGGGUACGGCCUGGGCUACGUGGCGGGCGGCGGUCGACUGCAGCAGUACGCGCACUUCGCGCCUCACCAGACUUGGCAUCACCACGCGGCGCACCACGACACCUACGGCGGCAGUGGAGUCGGUGCCGUCGGCGGCGUCGGCUCAGUGGCCGGCGGGCUGUACGGGCAGAACAUGGUGAUGGGUUCCUGGUGCGCGCCCUACGACGCUCUGCAAAGACCACCCGCAUACGAUGGCGUGCUGGAGGCGUACGAGGAGGGCCGUGAGUGCGUGAACUGUGGCGCCAACAACACGCCGCUUUGGCGUCGGGACUCAACGGGCCACUACCUUUGCAACGCAUGCGGCCUGUACCACAAGAUCAACGGCGUCAACCGCCCGCUCGUGAAGCCGAGCAAGCGGCUGUCGGCAGCGAGACGUCAUGGGCAGUGCUGCACGAACUGCGGCUCGCGGAACACGACUCUGUGGCGACGCAACAAUGACGGCGAGCCGGUUUGCAACGCCUGCGGACUUUAUUACAAGCUGCACGGCAUUAACAGACCCCUGGCGAUGAGAAAAGAUGGAAUACAAACGCGAAAACGAAAGCCGAAGAAGUCAUCGAACGGUGUAAAGCCUCCGCAAGAAACUGCUAAGAAAGAUGGUCAGAAUUCGCCAGGUAUCGACGAGAGCAAGCCCAGCAUAGCUGAGGUUCCGCUGCCACUUACCGCAACAAUGUCGGCGCACGCCGGUGCCGGAAAGUGCGCGCGCGAGGCAGUCGGGCCCGCGCCGUCGCCUCACGCGCACGCGCACGCACAUGCGCACGCGCACGCCCACGGGCAUGCACAGAACUCGCAGUACCCGUUGGGAAUCCCCUCCGCACCGGCCUUCCUGUCCAACCCCUCGCUCUUUAACAUCAAGAGCGAACCCAACGCCGCAACCGGCUAUGAAGGCUAUGGUUCCCACUCCAGCUCGAAUGGACCUUAUCAUUCGCAACAGCAUUAUUUGCAUGCACUACAGUACGGAUUAAGCAAUGGCGAAGAAGAGGAAGGCAGUGGAUUCUUACAUCAACGUAACGUGACCGCACACGCAAAACUAAUGGCCUCAACGUAGCAUAGCCAAACACGAACAUCUUACGACGCCCGAAGAUGAUUAGUAUUACCGAAUGCUGUAUCUAGCCAGCUGUGGCGAGUAGCGUUUUCGAAUAACUGCCGAUCGAAGAACUUUAGAUCCCUGUUCGGUAACAAAGUAAAGAAUAAAAAAACAACGAGCAGGACUACACUUUACACGAAGUUACUUUGAAAGUUCGAUAGUAUGAAACACUCUACUAUGCGAAUUUAUUGAACAGUCGAUGGAAUUACGUUCAUAUUUUGUUGUAGAUAAUUAGCGACGUCAGCACAAUUAGACUCGAUGGUACUGACUAGUCAUUGUGUUUGUCUAGUUUUACUACAAUGUCAUAAUUAUUUUAUUUGUAUAAAUAAAUUAGACGUUAGAAACAGUUCAAUGAUGAUAAGAGAAACGUAGGUAUUAAUGUACUUAGUGUGUAAAUAUGUUUACGUUAAGUAUUUUCGACUGAAUAGUAGUCAUUGCCGUGUAUUAUAUCGUGGCUGCAUAGGGUAAAGAAUCACUUCGAAGUUUGUUACGGAUACUAUUUGUGCAGACUUGUGUUAGGAUACAUUGUUUAAACCUUGCCAUUUCAACAUAUAAGAUAAAAUAUGUGUUAAUUUAUAUUUUAAACAAUAAAUAAAAAGAACUAAAAAGUUCCUUUGUCUCAUUAUCUUUAUGACAGUGCAAACUAGUCUUACUUGACUAUUAAAAUAAUAACAUCAUAGUGAUAAGAAUACUCCUAUGUACAAUAAGAAUAAGCCAACAGUAAAUAUAAUGCAACAAGCCUUAUAACCAAUUAAACUACUGUUCAUGAAGUAAGUCUAUGUAAAGGUUUUCCACACAUUCACUACAAUUGGUCGUUCAUACACUCACUGUAGCAAACUUAUGAAUUAGAUGUAAGAAUAAAUCGCAUUUAUUGAUAGAUGUAAAUAAAUAAUUUAGAUAAUGAAAAACGUAGUAGUGCAUUGUGCAAAACUUUAUUUAAACAAUUUUCAAAAUUUUUCAAACAAGAUCU